UAAACAUUUAUCUGUGCACGCAAAAUCCCCCCACCCUCCCUCAAAUUUCCUACAGAUACCCCCCCCCCCCCCCCCCUCUCUCUCUCUCUAGAUCUCUCAUAUCCUCUCUCAAAUCCCUUCUCCAAACCAAUAACCUAUGGCUUCCUCCUCCCCAGCAAUCCUCCCAAUCUCAAACCCCCAAACCACCACCACCACCACCACCAACGCCUCCACCGCCCCCAUCGCCACCCCAGCCUUCCGCGCCUUCCUCUCCAACAUCACCGACACCGUCCGCCACGGCUUCUCCCAGCGCCGCCCCUGGUACGAACUCGUCGACCGCUCCGCUUUCUCCAAGCCCGACUCCCUCUCCGACGCCACCCACCGCAUCCGCAGGAACUACUCCUACUUCCGCGUCAACUACCUCUCCUGUCUCGCCGCCGUCCUCGCCGUCUCCCUCCUCACCAACCCCUUCGCCCUCUUAGCCCUCCUCACCCUCCUCGCCGCCUGGAUCUACCUCUACCUAUUCCGCCCCUCCGAUUCCCCCCUCGUCAUUCUCGGCCGCUCCUUCUCCGACACCGAAACCCUAGGCCUCCUUAUCCUCUCCAGCGUCGUCGUGGUCUUCCUCACCAGCGUCGGAUCCGUACUCAUCUCCGCCCUCAUGGUUGGAAUAGCUAUAAUUUGCGCUCACGGCGCUUUUAGGGCUCCCGAGGACCUGUUCCUCGACGAGCCGGAAGGUGCUCCUGCCGCCGGAUUCCUCUCCUUCCUCUCCGGUCCUGCUGCCUCGAACGCUUCCGCCGUCGCGGCGCGCGGUUAAGAGCUGGGUUGUUUGGGUAAAUUCGUAGUCGUAUUUGAUUGAUCCGUUAAUGCUGCGGACACAUGUGUAUGUGCACAGAUCUGGACACAGAUGUGUUUGGAACCGUACGAAGUGUGUGGGUUCUAUACACCGUGCGGGAUCCAUGGGCAUCGGGCGGUUUUGUAUACAUCUAUGUUUGAAUCUGUGCACAUUCAUCCGUGUCUGGCAUUACUUUUAAUUGAUGCAUAUGUUUUGGUAGGGACUAUGAUUGAAAUUGAAAUAAUUCGGGAUACGUGUAGGUUGGGUAUAUGGUUUUUCUCUUAGGACGAUGCUUUUAUCAGUUUAUGUUUUGGUAAUGGAUUACUGAAUUUCUUCUUCACUUUGAUGUACUGUACUUGAAAUAGGGGAAAGUGAGAAUCGAUGCUGAAUUGUUCGUUCGUUUUCCCAAA